AAGCAGCGGUUUAGAGAAGUCUCCAGUUCGUGUGAUACAGAACUACACAACUCUACAAUGUCAGCUGUUUUAGUGACGGCUCUGUUGGUUGUAAAUAUCAUGUUCACCUGUGGACUUGACAUUUCAUUAGAAAGAGAAUAUUAUAUGGAGGGUAAAGAUUUAUUUUGUGGCAAGUUACAUUGUGUGGAGAACACAAGAGAAGAUAAUGACAUCUCAGCUCUUGUCAACAUGUCAAUCUAUAAGAUCAGUGAAUUAGAGGGGAAAAUUGUGUUGGCGUAUUUUUCAGAGUCCGAUUCAAGAGUUCGAGAUUAUAAAGUAGCUGGGUCGAAAGUUGAUGGAAAGUUUUCAAAAGUGUUUGGAGAAUUGACCGUAUCAUUUACAAAACCUUCUGAUUGUUUUAGUACAGUGUUUGGAUGUGAUGUGUAUUACACAAAUAAAAGAGGUCUCACUGAGAUGAAAGAAAAUAAAACCAAGCCUGUUGACCAAGACAAUUUUAAGCCACUGAUGUUGAUGACCUUAGAGGCUAAAACUCCAGAGUUUGAUAAAACAAUUGAUAGAAUGUCAGAUUUUUUAAAAACAUUUAAAUAUUCAGAUAAGUUAAACAGAGCUGACUUGAAGUUAAAAUGCGCCAUUAUGAACGAUCGUGUUUUAACGGACAUGACAAAGGUUGGAGUAGAUGUCAAAAGAACAUUGUGUGAUAACAAGACAGACGGUGGAGGAUGGAUUAUUAUUCAGAGACGUAUCAAAGGUGAUGUGAACUUUACAAGAACUUGGAACGAUUAUAAAAACGGAUUUGGUUCAACAUCUGGAGACUUUUGGAUCGGAAAUGACGUAAUUUCUCACUUGACAGAUUCGGGUUAUAAUGAACUCAGAUUUGACAUGAAGUAUGAAGGUAGAAACUACUACGCUGUGUACAGAGGUUUUAAGGUAGAAAAUGAAACAGCAAAGUAUAAGAUGAGCUUAACGUCAUUCAGUGGUGGGAAUGUUGAAGACAAGUUUAGUUAUCAUAAGGGCUAUAUGUUUACAACCAUUGACUCUGAAAACGAUAUACACUCAGGUGUAAACUGUGCUGUAGACUGGAGUAGAGGUGGUUGGUGGUAUAGGGAUUGUCACAGGGUUAACGUCAACGGUGAAUGGGCGAGUCGUGUUUAUGAUAAAGGAAUGCAUUGGUAUAGCAUUACAGGCUGGUCUGACUCUCUAGACUUUGUGGAGAUGAAACUUCGUCGAAUGUAA